CCCCCAAGCCGAAUCAUAGUAAUACAACACCGGACGAUGAGCGCGCUAGAUAACGAUCAUGGUGUUUAUCCAUCUUAUCGCGACUCUAACGAAUCAGUAUUUGGAUGUGAACACUACAAGAGGAACUGCAAGCUUGUUGCUUCAUGUUGCAACAAACUUUACACUUGCAGGUUUUGCCACGAUGAAGCAAACGAUCACCCAAUGGAUAGGAAAGCCACAAGCAUGAUGAUGUGCAUGAAAUGCUUGAUAGUUCAACCGAUUGGUCCAACAUGCUCAACCGUUUCUUGUAACAGCCUAUCCAUGGCUAGAUACUACUGUCCCAUCUGCAAACUGUUCGACGAUGAGAGGAAAAUCUACCACUGCCCACACUGUGACCUGUGCAGAGUGGGAAAAGGUUUGGGGAUUGACUAUUUCCAUUGCAUGAAUUGCAAUGCAUGCUUGGCAUUGUCACUUGCAGAGCAUACCUGCGCUAGAAAUUGUCUUGAAGAUAACUGUCCGAUAUGCCAUGAAUGCAUGUUCACAUCCGUGACUCCUGUGAGGGUCCUUCCGUGUGGUCAUAUGAUGCAUUCGUCGUGUUUUCAGGAAUACACUUGCUCAAACUAUACUUGUCCCAUAUGCAGCAAGUCAUUGGGGGAUAUGCAGGUAUACUUUGGGAUGUUGGACACAUUGCUAGCUGAAGAGGAAAUUCCUGAGGAGCAUUUGGGCAGGACAGAGGACAUUUUUUGCAAUGAUUGUGAGAAGAGAGGGACUCCACCCUUCCAUCGGCUGUACCAUAAAUGCGCUAGUUGUGGGUCAUACAACACCCGUCUUAUCUGACUUGGAUGGCUCGAUAUAUGGUUUGCUUUCUAGCUACGUGGUAUAGUAUUCAUCUGAAUCAGACAAAGGGCCUAUUAAACAUUAGUUAUCAGUGGAGUGAUAUUGAAGAAGGGCAUGAUUUGCAAAAAUUAUGUAUAAUUUCUUCGCCAAAUAACUACAAUAAGUUUCCUUUGGACUAAUGGACUAAACAACAUUUUGUGUGGAGUUGUAUUGUACAUGUUUGAAAUAUGAAUUAGUAAGUCAUGGUGGAUUUCUUGUAA